AUGAAUCAUACACAACAAGAUGAUAUUGAUGCUCGAUCAAUUUAUGUUGGCAAUCUUGAUCGUGAUAUUACUGUCCAACAUUUACGUGACCAUUUUGAUUCAUGUGGGACAAUUAAGCAGAUUACAAUUAUUUUCAGGAUAUUUAUGCAAAUGAGCCACGCUUUUAUAGAAUUUAGUGAUGAAUCAGAAGUCAACAUUGCGUUGUGUAAGAAUGGAACCGCGAUUGAUGGAUAUAUUAUUCACGUCGCUACAAAAUGGAUUAAUACUCGUACAAUUUAUGUUAGCAAUGUGGGCAUUCUCCAUGAUAAUGUUACCGAAGACGAAUUAAGAAAUCUUUUUCAACAUUAUGGAAUUAUACAUCAUAUUAGGAUAUUUAAUGGAUAUGCAUUUAUAAGCUUUACCACAAGUGCCUCAGUAGAUGAUGCUUUGCGUGAAAAUGGAACACUACUUGGUGGAAGAAAUAUUAAAAUUAAUCAAAAUAUGUCACCUGAUGAUUUACAAUUUCAUUUUCAAAGUUGUGGAGGAAUAAAAUGUGUUUUUAUUCGUGAUAAAAAUGGUGAUAGAAGAUAUGCAAUCAUAAAUUUUGUCAAACGUUUUUCGAUCAAUAAAGCACUUCGAAAGAACAAUACUUUAUUGAGAGGGACCCAAACACGAAUCCAGGAUCAAAUGAUCAUAAAGGUCGUAAAGGUCAUUAUCAGAUCUGUACCUUCUGCGGGCUUGCCUCCUAAUCAAUAUAUUGUCGAAAAUCAACUGACUUUUUCUGGACAAACACACGAACUGGUCAAAGUCAAAGAUAUCGUUCUUGUUUCGCAAUUGGCGAACAGUGUCUUGGUGAAAGUUCAAGUCGAUAAAUAUGGCGUCGCUCAACAG